GCAAGCAGUUCAUACAAAUGUUGUAGCUAGUAUAGUCGAUUGGAACAUUACUGAUAACGAAAGUGGGGAAGGACAACGACAGUCUUCACGGAUCAAGACCUCCCGUUCUCAAACAAUUGAGGUCAGUCCAGGACACCAGCGUGCCUAGCUAUCAAACGAAUACAGAUCGCACUAUCCACUCUAUUUUAAGACGGCACUGCACAUGCCAUGGUAGGCCAGCGACGCCAGCAAUGACCUUGUCGAAACAUCGGUUCAUGUCAUAAGCUGACCUCUCCAAACCUACGGCUGUCAAUUGGAUAGACAACAUGACCCGCUAAAAGAGAGAUAACGUGGACAUAUACAUUCUCAGAUAGCGUGCUGGAAAUCGCAGUCGAAGCCAUAUAUGAUAUGGCACAGGAUACCCUCCGGUCAACAGCUCGGACGUGUUCGUGGACUGGACCGCACGGGCCGUCGCUGACACCGCUAUUCACACAGGACGCACCGCACCGCACCGAGGCACCGCAUCCAGGCAUCUCAGCUGCGAUAGGCGGAAGAAAGGCAGCCUUAUCGCCUCGGCCUCGAGCACAUGGUAACACUCGCUUCGCGUGGCCUGAUGAGUAGAGCAGUGAGCGUAGCAGGCAAAGACGCACCGCUUAUCGCCUCCGCUCCGAGCA